GGAAUGGCGACGGUCGAGACGGUUUUGGAGGACAGAGCAGAGCUGGAUUUGACCAAACAGAAGCGGAUCACAGACAUACAUUUCCUUUUUCCUCUUUGAAGAUUUCCAGCUAAACUGUCAAUGAUAGAGAGUCCCCCAACAUGGAAGCUGAAGUGACAGUGUCCUCCUCACCGAGCGUGGUGUCAUCCUCCAUCCCACAGACCUCAACUGCCCAGACCCACCUGGCAGCAAAGCAGAGAGACAGCAGGAAGACCACAUCCACGACUCCCGCCUUCCUCUCCAACCUGGGCAGGGCCACCCUGCGGGGCAUUCGCAAGUGCCCGCAGUGUGGCGUCUACAACGGCACCCGCGGGCUCAGCUGCAAGAACAAGGCCUGCGGGAUCUCCCUCAGAAAUGCAGCAGCGGUGGGCAGGAACAACAAGAAAUGUGCAGUGGAGGUGGUGAAAGUGAUAAUAGACAGCGAGGAGAGAGGAGGAGUCCUGGUCGGUGGCUCAGGUGGAGGCGUGCAGGUGUUUUCAGUGUGUCACAGAGGAAGAGGAGCCACAGCUACGCAGUUGGGCUUUGUUGAACUUGUCCCCACCGAUACUGCUAUCGCGACAGGCGAUGGAGCCACCCUGCUAACCCGCAUCAACCUGGGGCGUUGCUUCAUGCCGUCUUGCAGGCAUGGUCAAAGGUCAAACCAGGCCGAGUCAGAAUCUGGAGUUACCAGUUCCAAACAGCCGUCCGAUAGCCUCUGCAUCCACAUUAAGCAAGCCAUAGAGGGUCACAGCCGUGCAACCCCGCUGACCUUGAAGAGCUCCGUCUUGGAGGGGUUGCAGGCCUCCAUCCAAGCCAGAGAAGAGCUGUGGAGGCUGGCCACAGAGUCUCCGGGACCGCUGGUGCAGCGCGUCGCAAAAGACACCCUGGUGGUGAAGUGCCACACAGAUUCCCAGCAUCCUCUGGGGCUGCUGCACCUCACGGUCGGUGCAGGCGGACUGUCCGAAGUUGCAAAGAGUGAGAGAAGGAGCAGAGAGCAGCAGCAUGCCGUUUUCCACUGUGCCUGUCAGCAGAGCAGCAGGAGGAGUAAAGCUGGCGUUGAUGGAGCGGGUGGAUCCGCCAACUCUCAUCCUCCUCCCAGCUCAUCACAACCCUGUCUUCACUUCUACGCCUGCGUGUGUGCCUUUGCAAGCGAUGAGAAACUGGCCGCAGAGUUCGCUGCUUUCAUCAGCUACACCCCCAGCGGCGUGCAGCAGAACGCCACCAGCAGAGUAAUUAGUCCCAGUGAGAAGCCUCUGCAACAGGCCGAAUCACUCAACUCUCAUCCUAAAUCAAAGAAACUUCGCCUGGAUGAAUCUCUCUCAGGGAGUACCCAGGUUGCGGAUGAGCGUACAGUGACGAUGGGCUUCCACCAGUGGCUGGCCGGUGUCACAGAGAGGAUCCACCAGGCGAUGCACUACCAGUUUGACGGGAAACCACAGCCUCUGGUGUACCAUGUUCCUCAGGAGUUCUUUAAUGCUCUGCAGCAUCGUCUGUCGCUGGGCUCCAAGAAGAAGAGGCUGCCUAACUUCACAACAGCCUUUGUGAGAAAUGAUGGACUUCAUGUCGGCCCUUUCUCCAAGUACACCUGGCACAUCACCAAUGUCAUGCAGGUCAAACGCAUCUUUGACACCCCAGAGCUGCCUCUGGAGCUCUCUCAGAGUUUUGUGAAGAACGUCGAUGGCUCCUUCUCGCGUUUCCGCUGCCCCGAGCCUCCGCCUGAACCAGAGCCACCAGAGGGACACAGGACAGAGCGACCACAGGCGAUCCGGCCCAUGGAGCUCCGCACGUUCCUCAAAGUCGGGGCAGGCUCGACAGACCAGAAGGAGGCCAGUCCGUUUGUGAUCGAGUGGAUCCCGGACGUUCUCCCUCGCUGUCAGAUGGGAGAGCUCAGGAUCAGCUUCGAGUUCGGCCACCAGCAGAGCGGUCAGCCGGAGCACUGUGAGAAGGCGGCUGUGGCGGAGAAAGGAGUUCGUGCCAAGUCGGAUUCAGGCCAAUCCAAACUCACAAAGGCUGUCGAAAUCCUUCAGGUGGUCGUGUGACGGCCCAGUCAUCGUUUGUCACGUCAGGUAUCGAUUAUUAAGACUCACUAACAGUAUGUGACUUACACAUAUAACCAUAUUAACUUAUACAAGGUGUGAAUAAUCAAUUGCCGUAUAAAUUACACAGCAUAAUUUUGAUCAACAGUAUUUUUAGAUGGUCUAGUCUGUAGUGAAGCGCUCAUCAGAAUGCCUUUUCAUUAAUGAGUAGUAUAGUAGGAACAUAUAUUUUUGUAAAAAUAUCUAUUUUUUAAUCCUAUAACCUAAACAUUUUGACUCAAGAUGGAUCAAACAACCAGUAAGAAUGUGUUUCAAGCUAAAUAAAAACUUUUUAUCAAUUUGAUAAAGCUUUCUUAAAAUUGGUCACCAGACUGGUAAAUGUGACAGUUCCUGUUGGAAAAGACACAAACACUUUAUCCGGUUUCCUAACUUUCAAUGUGUUCAAACUCUCAAAGACGGAUUUUUGCCUUGUUUGUUCUGCAA